AGCUGAACACUUGAGGUUCUGGUAAGGAUGCUUUGUGAGAAGAACACUUCCGGCGGCGAAUGAGGGCGUAAUUCUGCACGUGGGCCCCGUGUCCCACGUUCCAAUUGGCUACCCUCACGCUGAGAGGCGGGCUUGCGUCGGGGUCGCGCUCUCCAAUUGGCUGGUGAGGUGUCCGCCGUUUGAAGCGAGGGCCGCACAUUAACGAGAAGGUUGGGGAGGCGGGCGAUACACGGCCUUCUUCAUUUCUGGUGGGAAUCCAGGGCUAGACCUGGUCUUGGUCCCCAGGGGAUGGACCGCGUGUGGCGUGCGUGGGAAGGGCAGUCCUUCAAAGAGGACCAGGCUGAGCCGCCGGGUCCUGAGAGUAUCGUGGUCUCCUGGCUCAGCAGGGCUGAGUGGGAUCAAGUGACGGUUUAUCUGUUCUGUGAUGAUCAGAAAUUGCAGCAGUACGCGCUGAACCGUAUUACAGUGUGGAGGAGCAGGUUAGGCAACGAACUGCCCCUGGCAGUGGCUUCUACUGCUGACCUGGUACGAUGUAAGCUCAUGGAUGUAACUGGUGGCUUGGGCACUGAUGAACUUAGACUGCUCUAUGGCAUGGCAUUGGUCAGGUUUGUGAAUCUUAUCUCAGAGAGGAAGACCAAAUGUGCUAACCUCCCCCUCAAGUACCUGGCUCAGGAGGUGAACAUUCCAGACUGGGUUGUUGAACUUCGCCACAAGCUGACCCACAAGAAAAUGCCCCAUAUAAAUGACUGCCGCAGAGGUUGCAACUUUGUCCUGAGUUGGCUCCAGAAGACAUACUGGAGCCGUCAACUGGAGGAUACCCUGAAAGAGACCUGGGAGUUGGAAGAGGACCAGAUAGAGACAGAAGAACAACAAGAAGAGGAAGAUGAAAUUAUUGUUGAUGUAGUGGAAGAGCAACCAGAGCCUCAGGAUGAUGACAGAGAUGAGGAGUUGGCUGUCGAGGAUGAUGCAAACAAUGAAGACAUUACAGAGGCAGCUUCUCACCCAGAACCAUCUCCAAGACAUAAGGAGUUGUAUGAAAAAGCACGAGAACUGCUGGUAUCAUAUGAAGAGGAGCAGUUUAAGGUGCUGGAGAAAUAUAGGCAUCUACCUCAGGCUGUUAAGGUGUGGAAUAACCUUUCCCCACGUGUACAGUGUAUCCUGGAAGAACUCAAGGGCAUUUCAUGGGAGAACAGGAAUGCUGUGCUGGAUGCUUUUCUAGAUGACGGCUUCCUCGUUCCCACUUUUGAGCAGUUGGCAGCUUUGCAGAUAGAGUAUGAAGAUGGUCAGACUGAGGUCCAGAAAGGGGAAGUUACUGAACCAAAAUCACACAAAAACAUCGACUUGAAUGACGUCUUGGUGCCAAAGCCAUUCUCUCAGUUCUGGCAGCCCCUGCUCAGGGGCCUGCACUCCCAGACCUUCACACAGGCCCUGCUGGAAAGGAUGUUCUCUGAGUUGUCUACCUUGGGGAACCGUGGGAUCCGGCCUACCUACAUCCUUAGAUGGACCGUUGAGCUGAUCGUGGCCAACACCAAGACUGGACGGAAUGCUCGGAGGUUUUCUGCAAGCCAGUGGGAAGCAAGAAAGAGCUGGAGGCUGUUCAACUGUUCUACUGCCCUUGAGUGGCCCCAGGUGGUUGAGUCCUGCUUGAGCUCACCUUGCUGGGCCAGCCCCCAACUCCUUCAGCUAGUCUUCAAAGCCAUGGGACAGGUCUUGCCAGAUGAGGAGCAGGAGAAGCUGCUGCGUGUCUGUUCCAUUUAUACUCAGAAUGGAGAGAAUGGUGCGGGAAAGUCGAGCGCAGGUUCCUCUUCCACUGGGAAAAGUCCAUACACAUUGGAUACCUUACAUCAGGAUCUAAAACCAUCUGGUUCCAACUGUGAGUCUGAAGAAAAUACUCAGCAGAAGGAGCAAGGCAGCCUUAAGGAUGCCAAGCAAGGAGAAGGCAAGGAGAAGGAGGAGGAGGAGGAGGAAGAGCAGGAGGAGAACGAGGAGGAGCAGGAGGAGAAUGAGGAAGAGGAACGAAAGGUCUUUCAAGAUCAGAUGGAGGAAGAUGUAGAGGAAAGUGAUGACUUGGCAGUGGAAGAAGAGGAAGUGGAUGACGACGACGAUGAUGAUGACGACGACGACGACGACGACGAUGAUGAUGAUGAAGAUGAUGAUGAAGAUAGAAUGGAGUUGGGGGCUUUCUCUCUCAUGAAGGAGUCCUACGUUUUUGAGAAUACUAGGACCAUUUCCCGGAAAAGAGAAGCGCUGCAGGGUUCAGCAUGGCAAGUAAGCUCUGAAGACGUACGAUGGGGUACAUUCCCUAUAGGCCGAAUGCCAGGUCAGACUGACGACCCAACAGAGCUUAUGUUGGAUAAUUACGACACCAUGUAUCUUUUGGACCAACCUGUUGUAGAGCACCGGUUAGAACCCUCCAAGUCCAGGAGUAGCACUCUGAGCCUCGGUUGUUAUGGAGCCAGUAACAACUCUAGCAGCAGCAGCAGCAGCAGCAGCAGCAGUGGCAACUUGGAGGGCCUUCUCUGGAACCAGGGACAACUGCAUGGCCUCAAAGCUGGCCUGCAGCUCUUCUGAUGGCUGUCCUGAUGCAAAGUGUCCUUUCGGCCCUGCUCUAGUCACAGCUCAGUCCAGAGUCCAUCCAUGGUACAGACUGGACAACCUGGGUGACAGUUCAGAUCAGCUACGUCAAUUCAGCUUUCCACCACAAUGGAAAUUUGAAUUCCCCGCCCCCAGAUUUUCUGUUUUGUUUUGAAAACUAAUAAAGAGAUUUUUGUUCUGGUGUUUGUGAGAUGA